UGUAGCAGGUGCGAGCUACUUCCGGCGAUUUUGAACAAAGCAGGCUUUGUAAAUUUAGCGUUGUUUUUCUCCCUUUUAUUGAUUAAUUUAUGCAUAAUAUGUAAGGUGUACAACUUUUACACACAUGAAGGAACACAUGUAAUCAAUGAUGGACUUGGGUUCUGUAAAGAAAGACUUUAGUAACCUGUUAUCCCAGGUGCAACCAUGGACCCUGUCACACUUUGUCAUGUGGCUCGACAUCAAGGUUGCAGAGUACAAGGUGUUUGGGCGUAUGAUUAUGGAUAACACACCAAAUGACACUCCUCAAUGGCUGAGAGCUAGUGCUGAUUAUUUGGAGCAACAACAAAAGGAGGCUCAGGCACAAGCUGCUGCUGCCCAGGGUGACAAGGACCUAUCACCCACAGUGCCACCGAUACCUCCCCCUCCUCUCUCCCCGCGCACAGCUCACGCUAUGGCAUCCCUUAGACCAUCAUUACAACAGAUUACCUCAACAUACGAACCUGUAGCAUCAUUUGUGACCACUAGUGCUAGUACAUUAUAUACAGUGUCAACUGUGAACUCUACAGUUGUAUCUCCCUCAGUGUCACCUGCAUAUUCGACAGCAUCUCAGGUUCGGCCCCCUCUGCCAGUUGAAUCAUUUCAGAAGUCUUCUCCACCGAUCUCAACUACAGAAGCUUACGCAAAAUCAAAUUCAUUGGCCCAGUACGCUGGGUAUCAAUCAGGAACCCAGCGGAUUCCACCGAUCUCACACCUUUCACCAAAGCAUAUCAGACAGAGCAUAGAUCAAGGAUUAUCCAUGUCAUUACCAGUUUCUCUCGCAUCAGGUAAGGAAUCUCUGACAACCGCGGAGGUAGAGUCUCAAAUAGCAGUGCUAGAAAGUCAGAUCGCAGCUGUAAAUAGAAGCUUGAAACAAUCGGCUCAGGCUUCAGGUAUUGUGGAAACCGCUACACCAUCAUCAUCCACUGGCAAAACUGGCCGACGUAAAGCUGACACCACAACAGAUGAAACAAAUGCAUUUGUUCCACCUCCGUACCCCAAGAAAUCUCGUCAACAGUCACCAAUCAGUGCAACUCGUACGGCAGCGGCAGAAUCAACAGCUGCCCUGCCACCAUUACACUCCAGCAUGGAUAUGUUGGCAAGGAUGCACCGCUUGGAUACAGAGAGCAUACCGGAAUCUUUAAGAUCGCAAAACAUAACAUCAACAUUAGAAGCAUUUGAAGCUUUGAGAACUCAAACAUUUCCUCCAAGUACACAAUUGAGCAAUGAGGUUGAUGCUGUGCAAAACACAGCACAGGAUAUGAGCAUGCAUCAUGUGACAUCAGAACGAGACCAGCUGGCGGCAUACACGGCAGCAGUGGAGCGCGAACAAGCUUACACUGUACCGGAUAGAGAACAAACGUACACGCCAACAUCAGAUACAUCGGCAACCGCCAGUACAUUUAACAUGCAAUCUGCUGAAGUUAGAGUAAAAGUUGAAGCAAGCCAAUCAGAUGAGGACAGUCAUGGUGGCAUGGAAGGUCUGAAAACUCUGACUCCAGACAUUGCAGCACAGCAAGAAGUCCCGGCAGAGGUUACAGGGGAAGACGGACAGACAUACCCAGUAUCAAUGUAUGCAGCUGUUGGCAACAACACCUCACCAGCUGAUGACAAGCUUGCAGCUGAAAUAUCUACAAAGAAAAUGCGACGUAAAUUUCUCGAAUCAAUGAAGAACAGCAAUCCAAAAUACUACUCUCAUCAGAUUCAACAGAUUAUACCAUUCCCAGACAAGUUCCCCGUCUCCAACCUCGACUACGGACUUAAGGCGUUACAAAUGAUACAAACAGGGGAGAUAACCAGAGCUGGCAAAAUACAGCUGAUUGACACAAUAUUUCAUGAACUCAUUAAAUACACCGGAUUAUAUCCAACACCAACCCAAAAGAUGGCUGUAGCUAAUGCUAUUGUAGAAACCUUCCCUACAUUAGCUGCAAAGAUGAAAGCCAGUCAUAUUUCACCUGCUGAUUCUUGGUAUGUUAUUCUAUGUGAUAAGUUCCGUAAUGAACGUCGAGGAUUGAGCGGGGCUGGAGCUUCACCUCGUACUGGUAAAAUGAAGAAAGAGCAGCACGAUUCACACAUGCAUGCCAUGGUUGCCGACCAACAUGUUGUCCUUGAACCAAAUGAGGAACUAGAGCUGAGAGCCACAGAAGAAGUUCAGCAGGAAGCCCCUGAUGAGGCUGUCCAUCAAGUUGCUGUAACUCCGCCUGUGGUGACACAAGCCACACCUCCUCAAUAUUCAGAAGCCACCGCCCACACUGUGUAUCAUCAGGCCUAUUCAUCAGCUCAGAUGACGCCUGUGAAAGAUUCGGUUACGGUACCGGAAAUGAUGUCAACCGAGGAGGAAGAAGAGGAACCGAUGACUACCGAACACGAGAAAGUCUCGAUAAAUACCGAGGAGCGGCGCGGGUAUUCAGAGAAAGCCAAACGUGCAGUGAGAAGAAAGACUCAUUCACCAAAACGUCAUCAGAAACCAACGGCGGACAUGCCGAUUCUCGAUGAGAGAUACGCGGCAAGUCUUCUGGAGUAUUAUAGUAAACAUAAACCAUAUUACCCAACAGAUUCUGACUUCAGUAGACAUAUAGAGGCAGAAGCUGCUAAGACUAAUGCAGGGUUGAUACUAGACGAGAAAGGUGUUCCAAAUACAUCAGUUAACCAGGCAUUGGCGCAGGUUGCUGCCAGUCAACAGGCUGCAGUAAGUCAGGCUAUAGCCCAGGCUGUAGCAAGUCAUGCUGUUGGUAAUCCAGAAGAGCCUUACAGUGCUGAGGUUGCUGCCAUUGUACAAACUGUUGUUAGUGCACACAUGGAUGAGGUCCUGGCAGCUAGAAACUAUCAAAUUGGACCAGAGUUACAAUAUCCUGUGGCAACUCAGACACCAGAGAUAGAGGGAACCGUUGAAAUUAAAACAUCCAAAAAGAAGCCUAAAAUACAGCAGAAAGAGAGAACACCUGAACAACAACAAGUUACUCUACAAAGAUUUAAACAAAAACUUGCUGUGACAUACCCUGGUGUUCAGGCUGUGGAUGAUGCUACAUUAUUAUGUACAUGUGGGGCUAAGGUAAAACUUGGUAGAGCCAGGAUGCUGCAUAAUUACUCUAAUUAUCAUUUGAAGAGAUGUAAUCAUCCACCAGUCACUGUUACGAGAAUAGAAGGUCACUCACCUUCAGCUACACCAUUGUCUUAUCAUGGUUUGUACGGUCAGGGAUCUCCCGGAGAGAUCAAUAUUUCAACGUCUGGACCGAAGGUCAUCGCCAAGGAGAUGGAGAGUGCGGCAUUCGCUGGCCUAUCUGCUGCUGACAGAGAAACUAUACAGAAACAUUUCUUGUUAAAUGUUCCCACACCAUCAUCAGACAACACCAUAGUUGCUGGUUCAACAUCGUCUACCCCGCCACAGAGUUUGGAUUUAAGUAUGCCUGUUUCGGGGCAGAGUGUUUUAAAUAUUCCUGCAUCGAGUGCAGGGCCUAAUGAUUUAUCUGUGUCAGUUUCAGGACAGAAUGGUCUCAGUGUUUCAGAAUCCUUGGCAGAAAAUAUGUCAUCUACAAUGGUCAGUGAUUUAGCUCACACAGAAAGUUCUGUAAGUGUUUUAAAUGUGCCUCUGCCAGGGCAGAGUACGACUUUACUGGAGAAUUCACGGGUUGUGUCUGAGAGUGGAGAUUUAACAGCAGUGACUAUAAGAAGAGAUUCUGACCUUGGUAAUGCUCAGUCAUUAGAUUUGAGUGUUCAGACUUCCUCGGGACCCUCGGUUCUUAUCGAACACCAGCCAGGCUCGGACUUGAGGGUCCAGAUUCCUGGCUCUAUAGCCACAAGUAUUGCUGAGUACAGUGGCGAACUGCCUGACUUGUCAGCCAUGAAUGCCCUGGCAUUGAUACAGGGCAAAACUGAUCAGCCAAUAGAAACAUCCGACACAAAUGACCAAGAAAACGCAGUGAGUGAAGAACCAAUCAAUUUGGCUGACUCAUAAAAUGAUCUGUGUCAUUGAUAUUUUUGCUUUAUGUUCAAACAUUACAGUACCAUUUGAUAAAUAUAUAUAUAUAUAUUUUUGUGUUAAAUUUUGUAAUGAAAUUUAUGUUGUGAUAUUUAUUAGUAAGUGUGCUAGACGAAUUACUUGUUAACAGAUCUAUUUUUUUUGUUUUUGUAUUAUUUUUUGUUUGUUUUUAACACCAAAGUUUUGGAUUAUAAAAAUCAAAACCAUGUAUUUACAAAAAAAGAAGAAAUAUUUUCUUUUAUUUUAACCUUUGAACUUGUGAUUUUUCACAUUUUAAGACAAGGUUUCUUGUUUCACUAGAUAGACUUUUGAAUUGAGUUGUAAAUGAAUAAAAUGUUAUGUAGUGAUAGUUUAUGAUGUACCUUUUUUAUACAAUUUUGACAUAAUGGAGUUCUGCAAGAUAGGAAGGCUUUUAAUGUGUGUUUUAAGGUAAAUGCUACAUUGAACUGAUUUUUAUGGUAAGAAAGUUUAAAUACAGAAGUUUAAAUUUAUACAAAAAAGUGUAUUUUCUCUGAGAAAGAUUGAAUUC